GACACCAAGCACGCUGCUCACCAACUGUGGCCAUGACUUUUUGGGGAAAGCCUGUCAUUGAUUGCUUGAACGUCACGACCACUCCGAACUUUCGAGAAUGAUCGUUUCACGAAAGAAAAAGCUAACAACAACAAACGACGACCUGACAACUUCUGCACGUUACUACCACUAUCAUGCGCACGGAGGCUGUCGAGAGAGGAGCGUCAUGGGGAAAAGCUGCAAAGUGGUGGUAUGUGGCCAGGCUGCAGUUGGUAAAACGGCCGUGUUGGAGCAGCUAUUGUACGCCAAUCAUGUCGCAGGUUCCGAGACCAUGGAGACGCUGGAGGACAUCUACAUCGGAUCUAUCGAGACCGAUCGGGGCACCCGCGAGCAGGUGCGCUUUUACGACACCCGAGGGCUCCGCGACGGCACGGAAUUCCCCCGGCAUUACUACAGCUUCGCCGACGGCUUCGUACUGGUUUACAGCAUCGACAGCAAGGAGUCCUUCAAGCGCAUGGAGGCUCUUAAGAAGGACAUCGACCGACACAGAGAUAAGAAGGAGGUAACCAUCGUGGUCCUGGGCAACAAGCUGGACAAGCAGGAGGAACGGCGCGUGGACGCCAACAUGGCGCAGAACUGGGCCAAGAACGAGAAGGUGCGCCUGUGGGAGCUGUCGGUGGCUGACCGCCGCACGCUCGUCGAGCCUUUUGUGUACCUGGCCAGCAAAAUGACGCAGCCGCAGAGCAAGUCCACCUUCCCGCUCAGCCGCAACAAGAACAAGGGCAGCGGGCCCACGGAUGGCUGAAGGAAGGACGGACGUGCAAAAACGCAGCGCGUUUGCCCUCUUUUUAUUUUUUACAUCGUUUAAAAUUCAGCCUCGCCAUGUCAAGCUAAUCUGAUUCAGGGCAAAGUUGCUCGUGCACUUUCAGCCUUCCAUUGAUUGUUGAUUUCUGUCCUGCAAUUAUGCCAUCAUCAUAUCACGUUUAAGUGUGGUAAAUAUGCACAAGAAUUGGAAAGGGGCGGCAAAUAGUUGUUCACAUCACCGUGUCAUCACACUGUCAAUCAUGUCACUUUAAUGGCCAUCCCGUAUUUUAGAGCCAUCGCAAGCUGUUGACGGUGUACGGUAACUGAGUCACCUGUCGUCGGGGAGCUUUGUUCCACUGCUUCGUUUUAUUAGAUGAUUUGAUUAUCAUUUGACACUCGCUAAAGGAUUUUCAACAUUAAAUAUGGAGGCCAUGAUGCCGUCAUUACAGCUAUGUACAGUAUAUAUGUUUAUAGCAUUUCAAUUGUGCAGCUUUUUUCAGGGACCAAUUGUUUCAAAUGUGUUAUUGUUAGGGUUAGGGCCUAAAUGAAGCCAGCCUUUAAAAUGAAGUGUGUUAUUUUACUUUUAAACCGCAUUUGUUUGUAUCUUCAAUAAACAAUUGAAGUAU